AUUUUAGCUCUGAGUGUCUUAUAAAAAUAGUAAGAAGGUGCGCCCCCUGGAAGUCAGAAAAACGUUGCCGUUUCUAUUCUUGCACAAAACGUUUCCAGUCAUAUUAGAGACCCAAAUUUAUUUCUUUGUCCAGAAAAGAAAGGGGAAAAGUUGACGAGAGAAAGUGGUAGUGAGUAGUGAUUGCAAUGAAGCUAUUUGCUAGAAGGAGAAGACACAAUCUCUCUCUCCCUACUAGGGACGAUAACCGCCCUAUGGACACCCAAGAACAAGAGGAAUUGGUUCGUUUGUUCGAAAGUGACCAAGCCAAACAGAGUCGUUUAUGGAGGAGUGUGUUUGCAGCGAUUCUCUUUUGUUUUGCGGGUUUUCUUGUGUACUCCAUUUUUGGGCAGGUUUCAUCUCCAUGGGAACAGCGUUAUUAUGCUUACUUCAUGGAGGAUGUGGAGCCAUGGGUGAUUAUAUCUGCAGGCUGGGUAGGUGUUUUAGCAUGUUCAUUGGCCAUCAUAGGACUACUUACUGACUCGAAGUAUCGCAGGCAAUGGAUCUGGUGCUCAUUCUUUACCGGCAUAAUACUUGCAGUUUUUUGGUUGUAUUACAUGUUGAGGAUGCCAAGAUUCCGGUGGGACAUAAUUUGGCUUCCAUGUGGAACUCUUAGUGGAGCUGGGCUCUCCUUGUAUGUGGAUCAUCUUCUUACUGAAUCAGCGGAAGAAGUGAGAAAACUUCGAGGCUAUAUGUAUGCUUACAAGGCUCGCUAAAAGUUGGUUUGAAACCUAAAUUUUUUCUUGGGAUGAAAUUUUAGCUAUUUUGAGGAAAGGGUGCCAAGAAUGGAUGAAAUGAACGUAAGCUGCAACGUGGCCGGGAAGCUUUUGUGGCAAUGAGUUUUGUGACUAAGAACACUUCCAACAGUUUUCUCUAAUAUAUUUGUGUAUUUUUUAAUUUUUCUCGAAGUUUUGAAAGCAUAUCUACUUGUACGAAUUAGUUGAACAGAAAAGCUAUUAAUUUACUCUUUCCAAAA